CAUACUUUUGUUUUAGUAUAUUUACUUACUCAUUGUUAAGCUGUUGUAAACUACGAAAUCACUCAAAAUGAAGAUAUUCUUGAUUGCAUGCUUGUGCUUCAUGUUCGUCGCGAGAGGUUACGCGAUUCAAUGCUACACUUGUAUUAACUGUCGCGAUACCAAAAAUCUAGUUGCUUCUCAACUCGUGAACUGCUCUAGCUCAUUCAUGACGUGUCAAAAGACUUCCAUAAACGACGUUGUUACACGAACUUGUGGAGUCUCAACUACUACCGGAUGCAAUAAAGUCACUCUUGCUACUAUAACCACGGAAACUUGCAGCUGCAAAGGGGAUAAAUGCAACGGAGCUGGAACCGUGAAAUCGAGCAUCAUAAUUGGAUCCGUUAUCAGCCUCCUUGUUGCUAAAUUUCUUCUUUAGACAAGAAAUAACAAAAUUAAAUUUAAGUCGAUUAAAGUAUUGCAUAUGAAUUACAUUAUAGAAUAUAUAACAAACUUUUUACUUUUUUUUUCGAACAAAGAUUAAGAUACCCACUCAUGCUGCAUAUUCAAACGAUUCUACUUUUCGCAAGAAUCCUUGAUCUUAGUUGGCAUAUAGUCUACUCCAGGGAUGGACAAAUUAUGGCCCGCGGGCUCCCCAAGUAUUUUGUGCGGUUCCCUGCUCGACAAAAGUUGUAAAAAUUUCUUCCACUUACAUAAAAAUUUAGUUAUCUUUUAUUGAUUUAAAUUAUCUAAACUAUGAAUUUUAAAAUGAUAUUCAUGUUUUUUCGUCAUCGGUUUAGCAAUAUCAGUCACCAUUAAAUUUGACACUGUCAUAGCGAAUGGGAAUAGUGAUGUGACGUCAUAGUCAAUUUUUCAAAAAAAAAUUUAAAAACUCGAAAUUCGUUGUAACGCUAAGUUAUAAUAAACACUAUGUGACGAGCACCAUUUAGUGGAGCUUUGGCAACAAAACUGAAGACGUUUGUCACUCGCUGUUGUUGAGUUAUUGUAUUAUCAAGCUUGGUUAUACAUGAAUUAUAGAUUAAUUGAACGUAUACUUGUCUUUUACAAACUCCAAUACAGGAAGCGUUGCGUCUCAUGUUCGCCAUUUUAUUUUAAAAGAAAAGUAUUGCAAUGAGUCCGGAUAUUGCACCGGAUAUGUUUUUGAUAUCCCGAUUGUUCCUAAGUGUUUCUUUGUGAAACUAGAAAUUUAACUUUGCGUCCGGAUAUUUGGAGUAUCCGGUUUCAUUAUUUAAAUUGUUUGUUUCAUUUUUUCUCAUUUUGUGUAAACAAUAUAUUGAGCAAAAAUGCACUAUUUAUGACGUCAUAUUCUACGACUGAUUGAUUUUAUUACAUUUUUGAAUAAAUUGUUUUCAAUA